AAAAUCCUAACUUGUUAAUUUUUUUUACUAAAAUUAUUUUCUGAGGAUUUGAGUUUUAUUUUCUUAUUUUAGUUCUAUUUUAUUUUAUUUUAUGAGAAAUACUCAAAGUGAUGGUUUGAGUUUGAGGAUACAUUAUUCACGAUAUUAAUAAAAUCAUCCGUCUUUCUCUUUCUAUCUGCAACAUACUCUUCACCAAUUGCCACCAUUUCUAAAAAUGGAGUUUGUUUACAAAAUAGUUGACAUAGCUAAGAGAGCUUCAAACAACAAUGCAGUGAUCAAUGUUGGUUUGUUUUCGUCUUUUGCUUUAUUGGGAGUGAGAUCUUGGAAUCAGCAGAAUACCGUUGAAGCUUUAGAAGCUGAGAAAGAAUCUCUAACCAAAUCUAAUAAGUCCAUUAGAAAGACUCUAUGGGAUUGGAAACAGCAGCUUUAUGCUGAAGCCGCAACUGAUUCGGCCCCUGUUCCCCUUGAAAGACUCCAAGCCAUCUAUGGAGAAGCCCCGCCUCCUCAACAUUCUGCAUUUGGAGAUACUGCGAGCAAAGAUGCAAAUUUAUCUGCUCCAACCAAAAUGAUGAUAUGAGAUCUGCAUUGUUGUCACUUGUCAUAUUUCAGAAGCUUUUAGUGUCAGAAGGCCGUUAAUAAAACAUUUUCCAAGAGAGCAGAAGAGUAUAUCUGUCAUAAUUUUUUUUAUUGGCAAAUAAAUGUAGAACUUGGAGUUGGAGAAAGUUAUACAGGUGAAGAUUUUACUUGAAGGACAAAAACACAAUUUUAAUUUUGGUGUUGUGUCAUAUUUUUCUAACAACUUUGGAGAGCAGAUAAAGAAAGAUACAAUUUGUAAGCCAAGAGGAUACUGUCUUCAUAUAUUAUCCUAUUAAAAUUGCCUUGUUGCAAAUA